AGAAGGUUGAAAAAAGGGUGCAAAUUUCCAUAAAAUUCUCUUGAAAAUGUCGCAACUCGCAGUACGCGCCCUGAGCCCACAACUCCAGCAAGCUGCUAUUACCCAGUUGCACGAGGUGCCUGAACGUGUUGCAGCCGACAUAGAGGCGCUACGCACUUGGAUCCAACAACAGCCGCAUUUGCGAGCACGUGAGGAUGAUCAAUUUCUGCUUAGCUUUCUGCGUGGCUGCAAAUACAGUUUGGAAAAGGCAAAACUCAAGGUUGAUAAAUUCUACACAUUACGCACUAAAUAUCCGGAAUUCUUUACCGUCAACGAUGUGGACGAUGAGAAGCUUCGAAAGCUCAUUAAUUGCGGCAUCCUCGUUUAUUUGCCAACACCUCUAUUUGAGUGUGGGCCACGUAUUGCUUAUCUGCGCAGUGGCGUUUACUCAGCUGAUGAAUUUAAAGUAGACGAUGUUGCGCGUGCCAUGGAGGGCAUACAAGAGAUUUUACUACUCGAGGAUGACUAUGCGAUGGUCUAUGGUGUGGUUAGUAUAGUUGAUCUGGAAAAGGCGAGCAUGGCGCAUUUUAUGCAAAUGACGCCAACCAGUCUGAAAAAGAUGGUCGUGUUCUCAGAAGAAGCUUUGCCACUGCGAACAAAGGGAACGCACUUCAUAAAUACACAAAGCGGUUUCGAAACGUUCUUCAAUUUAUUUAAGCCAAUGCUGCCGAAGAAGAGCCAAAAGAGGCUCUCUGUGCACGGUAACAAUUUGGAUAAACUUUACGAACACGUCCCAUUGAAAUAUUUACCCCAAGAAUGUGGUGGGGAGAAUGGUUCCAUUGCGGAGGGCAUUGUCGAGCUGAAUAAGAAACUUGAUGAAUACCGAGACUAUUUCAAGGAAAAUGCACAAUAUGGCACCGAUGAGACACUGCGUGUGGGAGAAACCACGGAUUUCGAUAAUCUCUUCGGAACACAGGGUUCGUUUAGAAAGUUAGAAGUGGAUUAAAUUAUAAAAAUAUAAUAAAAAAUUAAAUUCGAACUGUGUAGUUUUCUGCACGAAAAAACGAAAUAUAGUACAUACAUACAUACAUAUGUAUAUAUGGUAUUCAUAUGCUUGUAUGUGCAAAUUUAUUAUAUUUCGUUCAUAUAUGCACAGGUAUAAAACUGAAGAUUAGCUAAUUUUAAAUGACUAUUAUUUUGUGGCGAUUGAAGCUUAUCUGGUAGCCAGGCAAUCAAUUGUUAUUUGAUCAUAAAAUAUAUGAUAUGUAUGUACAUAUGUACCUAUGUAUGAAUGAAAAAAUUAA